GUUGGAGCCAGAUCGAACACUUGCAACUAGACAUCUUUCUGGGUGUAAAAUAAAUAAAGAACGUCUUUCAGUCACAUUGUGUGUAAAUGCUAAUAGCUCUCAUAAAUUAGACCCUCUUGUAAUCGGCAAAUAUCAAAGACCUCACUGUUUUAAAAAUAUAAGAAUUCAAAAUAUGCCUAUGAAAAAUGCUUCAGCAAGCACUUUAGCAAAUACUUCAGCAAAUACUUACCAAGAAAAUUCAGCACAUGACAAUCUUGUAGACACAUUGCAAGCUCUUAGACUUUCUUACCCAAUGAGAGUUAAAGAAUUUCUUAACAUUUCUGAAGAUGUAGUUUACGAAGCUCCAGAGGAUGAUCAAAUUAUUGAUGAACUC